UAUGCAUAGUUUUCAGUGAAGGAUUUACGUGUCUGAUUUAUCGGGGGUUGUUACCCGUUUUCAUUGAUCUCAGUAAGUGCAUGCAUUGAGACACGUGCGGUGGAUUUCAAAAGUGAGGAUCUUUCUUUUUUCCGAUUAUGUCAAUCGUCUGUGUUUUUCUCGUUUAUUUUUGCUCACUUCACAAAAGGAAUGUCCUAUAGGAAUUACCUUUUUUAUUUUGCUAUUGAAUCGGGAGAAGUUUAUUCAAAUAUCUGGAAAAAUGACGUCGCUGGGCAAAUAGAAUUAUCAAAUGAAAGAAAGGCUGUCAAAUGUGGGAAUAGAAUUGAACAAAUACCCAACGAUAAAAACAUACUCUGCCUGCAAAGAAAGGUUUCCGGAGCCCACUGCACUUGAAGUUUUCCUCGUUGCGGCGUGAAGUGAGAGCACAAUGGAUCAAUAGGCCCAGAUUCUCUGUGUGGAGUAGUCGAGCAACGGGCGACCAUGGUGGAAGCAUGCGGAAACGUCCGAUUCGCCGUGGACAGCUAGUGAUUCCACAUCCGGCUAUGAAAGUUAAAAAACAGAACAAAGUAGUGGAGAGACAGCUGGAAAAUACUCUUCAGUUCAUUGAGCAAAAAUGUCAAUUUCAAACAGAGAGGCUAGAAAAAUCCAUCAAAACUGUACAGAAACAGCUGGAGAAUAUAGAGAGUGACCGAAGGAGAGGGGGGAUUCCCGGAAGGUCUCUGGAUGAUAUGUAUGGUCGCUUUCCUAUUACCCCGGAGUCGGCACAAAAGCGCCGCAGACGCCGAGCUGUGUCGUGUGAUAUAGGUACUCCCAAACGGAGACACCACUGUAGGCACUUUCCGUGUGAAAUGCCCCAAACUUACCACUCUAUAGGGUUUAGACUGGAACCCGAAAACACGAAAUGGGUACCUUGGAAGAAAUUAAGAAAUGACUUGAGUGACGAAACACAAAUUGUUCUAGAAAAUUCAACGCUAAUGAACACUGGAAUAUCUCGUCUACGCGCUGAGAGACGAGCUGACAUACUGAAGUUAGAGAUGGAGAAACGAAGAAGAAGAAUGGAGGAAGAGAAGCCCCCGGCGUGGGAGAUCAACUACGGUAAACCCACUUCCAUCCGUAGGUUAAAGUACCCUGUUCGCCUUGAACCCUUAGAUUAACCCCGUACUAAGGCGGACGUCCGUCGUUUCCUCAUAAAUACCAGAUGGAUUAUUAUUAAAGAACAAUUCGAAAAGGGAUUGACAAAAAGCACUUUAUCAUGACUUGAAACUGUUUACAAUUUUGUGCCAAACUAAAGACUUAUAGGGAACGGUCAUUUGCUACUAAGACAGGUAUUGAUUCACUAAUUAAACUACCUGGUUGUGUAAAUUGGACGUUCAUAGGAAAAUGAGUUUAUUGAUCAGAUGAUUUAUUCACCGAUCCCGUCAUCGGACGUUUGCAAUGCUGUUUAAAAUUAAUCAGAUGUGACUGUAUGUACUAUUAUUUCACAAUGCUUAGAGAGUACUGCAUGAUAAGUGCUUGGAAGACAUUUUACGUUGGUAUUUAAUUUUUUUUAAAAUGAAUGUUGUUAUGCUUUCUUAAAAAUAAAUUGAUAACUUUGUUACGCAA